AUGGCAAAUUUUACAUAUGAAUACAUUUAUGUUGCAAGUGCAAAUGCAAGUGGAUAUGAUACAGUCAUCGUAAGAAUGCCAAAUGUCCUUUUAAAUGAAUUUACCCAUUCACUGAUUCUUACAAGUACCAAUAGCAGUGUAUUUGCAUUGCCCUCUGUUGCAGUUGCUGCUGCUUCAUGGUAUCAUAAUUUACAAUUGAGUAUUGUUGGUUAUUAUGCUGGCACAGUUAUUGUGAGUGUAACUUUCACUCUUCAAGUAUUCGCAUUAUCCCAUCUAGUGUUCAAUGAGUUCACUAUAGUAGACGUUGUGAAGUUUAUAUCAUAUGGUGGUUUAAGAGAUCCAAGCAUAAAUGGGAGUGAUAAACAUUUUGCAAUGGACAAUAUGUGUUUAAAUUUUCCAUAA